AACCCAAUAUUGUAGCAACACUAAACGUCGUCCAUCUUUCUUUCCGGUUUUCAAGAUGCCGCCCAAGAAGGACGCGAAAUCCUCGGCCAAGCAGCCGCAAAAGACACAGAAGAAGAAGGAGGGGUCUGGUGGCGGCAAAGCCAAGAAGAAGAAGUGGUCCAAAGGAAAAGUCCGUGACAAGUUGAACAACCAGGUUCUGUUCGACAAGGCCACCUACGACAAACUGUACAAGGAAGUGCCCCAGUACAAGCUGAUCACACCCGCCGUAGUCUCCGAAAGGCUAAAGGUCCGCGGUUCCCUCGCCAGGCGCGCGCUCGUUGAGCUUAGGGAAAAAGGUUUAAUCAAGCAGGUAGUCCAACACCACGGACAGGUGAUCUACACUCGCGCGACAAAGGGUGACGAUCCAGUCGCGUAAAAUUAUGGAUAAGGUUACAAAAUAAAAUAAAAAACAAA